CCGUCGUAAAGCCAGUCUAGUAGCCGAAAGGUACCAAGAUGGCGGAGGCUUCCUUGGGAAGUACAAGCCCAGUUGGCUCUUUGUCAUCGGAAGAUCACGAUUUUGACCCGACGGCAGAAAUGCUGGUGCAUGAUUUUGAUGAUGAGCGUACGCUAGAGGAAGAGGAGAUGAGGGAGGGCGAGUCAAGCGGGAGCUCGGAAAUCGCUGAUCUAGAGAAGGAGGGGAGCAUGCCGUUGGAAGAGCUGCUGGCGUUGUACAGAUAUGAAGCUGCAGACAGUGCUGUCGGAGGCUCGAGUGCAGACAGUUCAUCUGUAGAGCUGACCGAUGAGCUGCCCGAUAUGACGUUAGAUAAAGAGGAAAUCGCUAAAGAUCUGCUCUCUGGAGACGAUGAAGAAACACAAUCUUCUGCCGAUGACCUCACACCGUCUGUGACGUCACACGAAACCAAUGAUUUCUUCCCCAGGACUCUUCGCUCGAAUGCGGUUUACGACGGAGACAAAGAAUCUGAGGGUGAGGAUGAUGGUUUGAGUCCUGAAGACAGUCGCAAGGAGAUCAUGGUGGGAUCUGAAUAUCAGGCUGAAAUUCCUUCUCUCACCUGUUAUAAUGACCAUGAAAAAGUGUACGCAGAGGAAGAUCAGCUGCUUUGGCAGCCGGAUGUCUUACCCGAGUCAAAAGUCAAAAGCUUCUUGCAGGAUGCUCUGAGUGCGGAUGGAAAGAUGGACGGAUAUGGCAAAUGUUCUCUGGUCAAAGACAACGAGCAGGCUUUAUACGAGCUUUUAAAGUGUAACUAUAACGUCCAGGAAGCUCUUGAACUGUAUCGCAGCAACCACAAAUCCUCAAAGGUCGAGAUGCUCCCGUGGUCUGAAGAAGAAUGUCGAAAUUUUGAACACGCUCUUCUGUUGUACGAGAAGAACUUCCACCUCAUUCAGAAACACAAAGUGAACACACGAACGGUGGCAGAAUGUGUUGCGUUUUACUACAUGUGGAAGAAGUCCGAGCGAUUCGAAUUUUUCGUCCAGCAAAACCGGUUCGGGAAGAAGAGGUUCAGCAGUUAUCCUGGCGUUACGGAUCUGAUGGACCGGUUGGUGGAUGAGGCUGAGGGUUUGGUGGAUGCUUCUGUGUGUUCCAGCAGCAGCGGCAGGAUAGAGCCUCCAACCGAACAACAGCUCAACCUGCUUAACUCCAUCACAGCCAGUGACCUCUCCGCGCUGACGAGCACGGUGGCGUCGGUGUGUAACCCCGCAGACGUCAGCUGUCUAGACUCCUACAACUUCUCCUCGCUGGACGGGCUGCACCGCGGGCCCCUGAGCCACGAAGAGCCGCUCAACUACUCCGGCGACGGAGACUGCAUCAACCUGCUGGAAACUGGCUUCUACCACUCGGACCUCGGGCAGAUCAGCGUGUGCGGAGAGGACUGCGAGCGGCCCCCGGCCAAGCGGCUGAAGAUGGGCCUGUCGGAACCCUUCAUAAACGACAACAGGAGCAUGGGCGUGGAUUUCGAGGGCCGCACGCACCACAUCACAAGUGCCAAAAUGGCGGUUUCGGUCAGUGACUUCGGCGAGGCGGGCAGCUACAUGGGAGCGCACACACUACUGCAGUCGGAGUAACACGAGCGCGCAUGCCAACUCUCACGGGACUAGCUGCAAUCUAACAUGUACAUAGCCGCGUAUUCCUUUGAAUAUUUGCUUUAUUUAGUUUUCCUGAUUAUAUACGUGUGUAUAUAUAUGUACAGAUCUUUUUUUUUUUUUUUUACUAUGACAUCAGUGAUGUCUAAUUGUACAGACCUAAAUCUUGAUUUCUCAAGAGUUAAUACAGCCAUUUAUUUUCCAGUCUUGAAUUUUUUGGAAGUGUCAUAUAAACGUUGUCUACGUCCGAAUACUGUGGAAAACUGAACUCGCAUACUUGGCCCGAGGGCAAGGGGUUUUACUAAGCCAUCAUGACGACUGGCUGUCAGCUCAGCCUCUCCUCUGUGGUUCCCAUCAGUGUUUACAGCUCAGCCUUCGUCUGAACGGCAUCUACGACCCCUUCUUCGUUUCGUUACGCACCAUUUUUUGCACAAGAACCUGGAAGAAGUUCAGCCCUGGGAUAUUUUCUAUGUUGACGGACUGCAAAAACAAACCUACGAACAAUUGAAAGUGGUUCUAGCAAAUAUAAAAGGCUCUAAAUACAAUAGAGGUAUUACGACGUGUGUGAUUAAAAUGUUUUUUUCCUACUUCUACGCAUAUUUAUUAGUGUUCCUCUUGCUUUAGCAGUCGGCGUUUGGCGUAUUUAUUGCAAUGAAGACCAUUGGACUGCAUCAUGGUUGUUUUUGUUUCCCGAAAUGGUUGUGAGAUACUGGCACAUGUGUUCGUGUUUUUCUUAGUUUUUGUUCAUUUCGAUAUUUUGAGAUCACUAUUUAUUGAAAAACCGUUUUGCAGGGAUUUCUCGCCACGGGAACAGAACCAAGCCGCAG